ACUAAGCAGUAAGCACACAUAACAGGAACGGAGAAGGAGCAUUAUUUGAUCGAUUGGGUGUCCCUGUGUGUGUGCGACUGCGAGCAGAGAUGGAGAUGGCGAAGCGGAACGCUGUGGUUGCGAUGGCGUUGGCGGUGCUGGCGGUGGCGGCGAGUGUGGAGGGGCAGAACUCGGACGUGAAGACGCUGGUGAAGUACAAGCACGGGAAGAAGUACUGCGACAAGGGGUGGGAGUGCAAGGGUUGGUCCACUUACUGCUGUAACCUCACCAUAACGGAUUAUUUCCAGACCUACCAGUUCGAGAACCUCUUCUCCAAGCGCAACUCGCCCGUCGCCCACGCCGUCGGCUUUUGGGACUACCACUCCUUUAUCGCCGCCGCCGCGCUUUUCGAGCCUGUAGGCUUCGGCACCACCGGGAACAAGACCCUGCAGAUGAUGGAGAUCGCCGCCUUCCUCGGACACGUCGGCAGCAAGACCUCUUGUGGUUAUGGAGUGGCUACUGGAGGACCUUUCGCUUGGGGUCUUUGUUACAAUCAUGAAAUGAGUCCUAUGCAGUCAUAUUGUGAUGACUAUUUCAAACUCACCUACCCCUGUACUCCUGGUGCUGAGUACUAUGGACGUGGAGCAAUUCCCAUUUUCUGGAACUACAACUACGGUGCUGUUGGAGAAGCUUUGAAGGUGGAUCUACUCAGUCAUCCAGAAUACAUAGAGCAGAAUGCAACCCUUGCUUUCCAGGCUGCAAUUUGGAGAUGGAUGACACCAAUAAAAAAGUCACAGCCCUCUGCUCAUGAUGCCUUUGUUGGCAACUGGAAGCCCACAAAGAAUGACACCAUGGAGAAUCGGGUUCCUGGCUUUGGCACCACAAUGAACAUUCUCUAUGGCGAUGGUGUUUGUGGACAAGGUGAUGUGGACUCAAUGAACAAUAUCGUUUCCCAUUACCUAUAUUAUCUCGACCUUCUUGGUGUCGGUCGAGAACAGGCUGGGCCCCAUGAUAUCCUUACAUGCGCUGAGCAGGUUCCUUUCAACCCAUCUUCCAAAGCUGCUUCAACAUCUUAGAUUAUAUUUAUUAGCAUAUGAAGUUGUUGUGCCAAUCCCUUUCAAAAGUGUAAGUUAAUAAGGGUUCUUGAAAUUAUUGGUAUUCAAUAAUUUUGAACUGUGUGGCAGUGUGCGGAUUCUUUAUAGCUUUUGUUCCUUGUUGUGUAGAAGUUAAGUCAUUUGUAAUAUCAUAAGUCGUGAAAAACCUGUGUCUGGUAUAUAUUUACGUUAUGCCGAUUUUGUUAUUAUAUACACAUUCCUUGGUUGUAAUGUAAAUUUUAAUACGUUUAUUUCAAACAAAA